UCUUUUGCAAUUAUGUUGUGGUUCACUGUACUUGCACUUAAUUGAAAACAAAAAAUUGUUGUAACAACUAGAAGAAGAAAAAACAAUCCAUGAUGUUGCUUAUACUACUAAAUAAAUGGAAGCAUAUAAUAACGAUAGAAGAAGUGAUAUUACAGAUUCUCCAUAGAAAAAGCAAAAAAUAAGGUUGGGUACUUAAGUCUCUUUUUUGACAAGUGACAUAAAAAAAAAACAGUAAUUCUGCAUCAAUCUCACUCUACGCUAUUUAACAAAAAGCUAAAUAAAAAUAAGUGUGAACGUCAUAACUUCUCAAAUGAUAAGCAGUUUACAGUAUGAAAUUCCACUAGUUAGGACAUCACCUAUCCACUUCUCGUGCCUAUAAAUUAGAAAGUAGAAAUGCCCCCAAGGCUACUAAUCUUCCAAGCAAAACAAGUUGCAAGCUGUUUCUGAGGAGAGGAGAAGGACAAGCUUCUUCCAGAUAAUCCUAUAAAGACAACGCAGAAGAGGUUGAUGGUGGUGGUGAGUGAAGAGAUACGCAAAGGACCAUGGACCGAACAGGAAGACCUGCAACUGGUAUGCUUUGUGAGCUUGUUCGGUGAACGUCGUUGGGAUUUCAUAGCAAAAGUGUCAGGUCUUAACAGAACAGGAAAGAGCUGCAGGUUGCGCUGGUUUAAUUACCUUCAACCUGGCCUCAAGCAUGGACGCAUGACACCACAGGAAGAACGCCUCAUUCUUGAGCUCCACUCUGAAUGGGGCAAUAGGUGGUCUCGCAUCGCUCGAAGACUCCCGGGCCGAACUGAUAAUGAGAUAAAAAACUACUGGAGAACCCAUAUGAGAAAAAAAGCACAAGAGAGGAAGAAAAACUCUUCUUCCUCAGCUUCAACGAUUUCAACUUGCCUCUCUACUCACAGUGCAUCACCAUUAGAUGCAACUACAACGAAAAACGAGGAAGAUGGGAGUUCUUUGAUUACGGAAAAAGAAUCCAGAGAAAAAGAAUAUGCUGUUAAUGUGUAUCCUAUGGAACAGAUAUGGAAUGAUAUUGCCUCCUUGGAAUCAGGAGGCUCGAGCUUUGCCCAGUGCACGGUUGAGCGUUGCAACUUGUCAUGUGAUCCUCCUCCAAUGACCUCUCCUGUCCAGGAACACUUUGUUGAUUAUCUAUGGAUGAUGGAUGACAAUGAAUUCAGCAAGAUUGCUACUUCGAAUGAUUUCCGGUUUCUGACUUCUGGCAUAAUAGAGUCCUAGAAUCAACUAAGUGUUGACUCUCCCCUCUGAUAAUUUUCAAAUAUGUGAAAUUUUAUUAGCACUUAGGAAACCAGGCUCUCUCUUUUGUAAAAUUAAUUGCACUUGUUCCAAUGGUCAGAUGUCCUACUUGAAUUCUACUAUGCAUUAUAAGUUAUUAGUUACCUAUUCCAGGCA